UGAAGAUGUCUUGACAAAAAUUAAGAAGCUUGAUCAACUCACUCUUUAUUUAAACAUCCCAUCAGCAAGUCUACGAAAUUAUGUAAAUGAAUUGAAUCUUAAUCAAAUGAGCAUAGAAUCUUUGGAUAAUGAAUAA